AUGGCUGCCCCCACGGAUCAAAACAAUGAACUUAAUUCAGAACCAUUGAUUUGUAGUUCACAACCUGUAAUGUCUCUUAACACUCCAGCAAUUAAACCAUCAAACAAACGAAAAGAACUAUUAAGUCCGGAGCUUCUCCCAGGAACACAAAAGCAAACAACACGUCAAAUAAGACGUCGUAACUCAGUGGGAGAUCUUAGAGAAAUAGAAAAAAAAAUACCUGCACCAAGGAAAAGUAUUGCAGAUAAAGUUUUAGAGGCCCUGUCUAGCCCUGAUGUCAUUAAUAAAAUUGUACCCAUUCUUGCUGAAAAAAUAGGUGAAUCUUUUUCCUCAAUGAUUGAAGAGGAGGUAAAAAAGUGUGUUGAUCAGCAAGUAAAACCGAUAGCUGAACUAGUCGAACAAAAUGGCAAAAGACUUGACACUGACAAUAUAAGAAUUAGUAGAUUAUAUUAUAAUGUCGAAAACGUCAACGAAGGUGUAAAAAGUAACACCAAAAUUGUUAAUGAAAUUGAUACAGAAGUUGGCACUCUCUUCAAAAGAAUUGCAGAUCUUGAAACCAGAUUAGAAAACCAAGAACAAUAUUCACGCCGAACAAGUUUGCGUUUUCAUAAUAUCCGCGUGCCUAUCGAUCCCCGUACCGGUAAAAUUCCUCACCCUAUUAACACUGAUAUUUAUAUAUUACAAGUCUGUAAUUCCAAACUUGGCUUGAAUCUAACUGUCAACGAUAUAGGGCGUAGCCAUGUUAUAGGGAAGGUAAAAAACGGCAAAUCCCAGGUUAUAGUAAGAUUUCUAUCAUAUCGUACAAGAAGCAAGGUUUAUACCAACAAAAAAGCCUUAAAGGGUGAUGCAGAUGGCAUAUUCAUAACAGAAAACUUAACACAGUAUAGAACUGGUCUUACACAAAAGUUAGCCGAUCUCAAGUAUAACCAUAAAAUUUUCGCAUACUGGACAUCCGAUGGUCGCAUAUUUGCCAAAACAACAGAUAGAGGCACCAAAAAACUAAUCAAAAACUAUGACGACAUAACAGCUCUUGAUACAACCACAGACGACGACAAUCAACAUCUAUCCCCAAGUACCACCAAUCAGAACAGCGAUGAGAACCACAGUAAUGGCACAGAUUAGAUUACAAAAACAUAAAUAGUGUAAAUAUAUGUAUCUUAGACAGUUGUCACUUGUUCUUUAAAUGUCUCUAAUGUACAUUUUAAAAAUUGCUUCAUGUGUUAUUAAUAUUGCUAGCAAGUAAAUCUAGUAUAACUUACUUGCAUCAAAAUGUGUCAAACAAUUUAAAACGUCUGAAUAAAUUCAUAAA